CACACACACAAACAAAGAUCAUUUUAUUUCACUAAAAAUUCCAAGUGAUCGGUGGAGAUGCGAAACAUUCUUAAUCUGCAUGGGUCUAGUGGGCACAAUGGCUUAAAAGCUCGUAGAUUCACAUUCAAGAAUACUGUGAACAAAGUGAUAAGAGAUCUGCCGAAUCAUAGACUCAUGGUUUUGAUGGAGCCCCUGGUCAGAAAAAUUCUUCGAGAGGAGCUUGAUCAUCGUCUUAGUCAACGACCUUAUCUCCCUUCGUCGUGGUCCCAAACGGAACGCUCACGUUUUGAAACGCCAUCGUCGCGUUCAUGUCUCAAGCUGCGGUUCAUAAACUCGCCGCCGUCUUGCAUAUUCACGGGAGCCAAGAUCGAAACCGAGGACGGUUCUCCUGUAGCGAUCGAGCUCGUGGACGCAGCCACGAACGCUCGAGUCGUUUCGGGACCGCUCUCGUCUUCCCGGGUGGAGAUCGUGCCGCUGAAAGCUCAGUUCACGGAGGAAAGCUGGACCGCUGACGUGUUCAAACGCUAUAUUGAAAAGCAGCGUGAAGCAAAACGCCCGUUACUCACCGGAGAUGUAACUGUCAGGCUUGAAAACGGCGUCGGAGUGAUAGCCGGAGACGUCUCUUUCUCGGAUAACUCGAGUUGGACUUGGAGUAGGAAGUUCCGGUUAGGUGCUAGGUUAACCGGUGGUGGAGCCGUGGAGGCGAGAAGUGAAGCCUUUAACUGUAAAGACCAACGUGGAGAAUCUUAUAGAAAACAUUACCCUCCGUAUCCCAGUGACGAGGUUUGGAGACUGAAGAAAAUAGCUAAAGGUGGCGUUUCGGCAAACCGUUUGGCUGAGCAGAAGAUUUAUUCCGUCAAGGAUUUACGCCGUUGGUAUGCUGUAUAUCCAAAUGAGUUAUACAACAUACUUGGUAGAGAGACGAACUCAGGAGGUAUCUCAAAGAAAGAAUGGGAAGCAAUUGUAUCCCACGCCAUGCAAUGCGUUUUGGACGAAAGAGAGCGUUACAUCUACAACGGAACCGCUAAUGGUGAAUCGCUUAUUUUCAACUCUGUCUAUGAAGUGAUCAAAGUGUCAUUAAGUGAUGGCACGUUUUGGAACCCUGAUGAGCUACCCACCUAUCAGCUGGACGAGCUGAAGAAAGAAGCUUAUAAAAACCUUAACGAGUUUAGGACCUAUGUGGAACAUCCACAGAGGUCCUUACAAUGCACCCAAAAUCCUGGAUUUGGCGUUGUAUGUCCUGGAUUGCAGCAUAACAACUUUCAAGGAACUUUGGAUCCAUCAGGCUCUUUGAGUUCUCUUUACUUCACAGCUGCAAACUCCACCAUCCAACCAGAGAUGCUGAUGGGUUUUGAAAACUCACCAGACAUGGCGUUUCAUAUCGACCGGAAUUUAUUGCAGAGAAACAGCUUCAGGAUAAGUGAACACGACCAAGAUGCACAAACUUUAGCCACAAGAGGAGGUUAUAUCGAGAAUGAAGAGGAAUAUCAUGAGAACACUUUUACUUAUCACCAUGGCGUGUCCUCGAACUUGCCACCUGGUGCGGCGGAUUGGGAGCAACAAAUAUGUAACAGUUUGUCUGUUAGUGUGUAUGGCACGGAAGAAGCUGGAACGUUUAAUGUUCGUGUUACAAACAGUGUGGGGUCUCCAAGAGCCAGGUGGUGUAAGGUUAAGGCAGCUUUCAAGAUCCGAGAAGUUUGGAAACAGGCAGCUGCCCGAAAACGAGGGAAGGCUUGCCUAGAGUAAGAUUCAGUUGUUUCGAUUCUUACAGUGCACGAAAGAUGCAUAUAUGUUGCGUGUGUGUUUUUUUUCCGGCCAAUGGCUGGUUCCAAAUGGCUUUUUUUUUCCAGCUCAUGUUUGAUAUAUCUUACAGAAAAAGAAAAAAAAAGAGGGCUAUAUAUUAACGAAUAAGUUUACAUUUUUUGAAUA